AUGAAGCCUGUCGCAGCAGGCACACUUCCUGCAGACCUCAUUGAUGCCAUCCGUGGCGGUGCCGUGACACUCAAUCGAAUAAACGAUGAAAUAGUUGUCUUCCGCGACGCGAGAGGGGGAGUUGAGUGGCACUGCACCCGUCAUGCAGGACGCUUGUGCUCGUACAGACACCAAAAGACUGGUGCUAAUGGGAAAGCAGAAAUAUCUCGUUUUGAUGCUGUGAAAAGGAUGACGGUGCAGCCGGAGGAGAAGAGCCCACCAAACACAAGCGUAACGGAGGAAACUAAUCCACCGCCUCUUACUGAAGCCUCCAGAAGAACCGCCACGCUCUCUGAAGUCAUGCAGCAGCAUCGCUCCAUGGCGAUGAAAGUGGCACACCUCUUGGCACCGGCACCCAGAGAUCAAAAAGAGCUUCGCCGCUCUUUUGCGACUGAGGACGGUGACGCGCUGAAUGCUGUGCUGAGCACUCUUACGGUGUUGAAUCACCGUGGGCAGCGGGAGCUCUUGGACGUUGGUUAUGAAAUCAUAGACAUUGAACACUACAACUCCAAGGCGGUGAAACAGCAGGUGGCGAAUCUGGCACUUCCAAAGGUUGCACACAAUAAAGCCGUUUUGGAUCGCUUUGCUAUAUAUGCAGAUCGGGACGUGAUGUUGGCGGUCUGCUCAAAGGGCAUCAUGGCCGGACUGGGAAGCUUCAAAAGAAAGCGAGAAGAGGAAGAUGAUUCAGAGGAUGCGGAGGGCGAUGAGGGCACUCUGGGACGAAAAGCGGAGGAAACAGCGCAGGGGGCAGCACUGACACUUUUCACCCACAUGGAUCAGUGCGGCAUUCGAUGGUGUGAUGGUGACCUCACCGAACGGCGGUGGGUCUUGUCGUCAGCGGCAAAGGAGGCGCUGGCGCAGCGAAAGUGCGCACACACCGCGGUGGGUUCUGGUGCGUCGCAGAGGCUAAAGCCCAUGCCAAUUAUCAACGCAUCGCAACUUGCUGCGGCACACGGUAAUUAUGUCGUUCUUCACAAGGAAUACCAUAGUUUGUACGGUCUGUUGAAGCGUGUGGAGGAGAUAACCGAAGCAGCAAGAGGAUGGUGUCAAUCCAAUGCCACUCGUAUAUCGGAAGAAUUGCGUCAGGAGAUGCAGCGCUGGUUCGCCGCGCAGGAAGGUCCCUGGAGGACCCUCAUUGCCUUGUUUGACGUUCUUCACAAGGCGCUCUACGAACUGAAACGGGAAAUUGAGGACUACGUGAACCUCCGCGAAUGGGGUGUGUUGACGUGA